AUACUUAUUAUAGUCGCCAACUAUACGGGCGAUCGGCUUAACUUCGGGUUAGCCCGAGAGCACGCUUUGCUAAAGGGAUAUAAAGUGGAAAUGUUUAUCUUCGGCGAAGACGUGGCCUUUUAUGGCAAAGGAAAAAAGGCCGGUCGCCGAGGAUUGGCCGGCAUUUCACUCAUUCACAAAAUAGCCGGCGCUUUGGCCGAAGAGAAGAAGACAGCAAAACAAAUUAAAACGGCUCUCGAAGAGUAUUGCGGUCAAAUCGGCACCAUUUCUGUGAGUCUAAAUUGCGUGAAUAUCCCGGGUUUGGGCAGUUCUUUCACAUUGGCUAACGAUAUGUUAGAGUUGGGUCUGGGAGUGCACGGAGAGGCUGGUGUCGAGCGAUUGAAACUGUGUUCAGCUCGCGAUGUGGUCGACGUUAUGCUCAACCAUUUGGUCGGCCGCUCAUCGCUGCUCAACGACACGAUAGGCCGACAUAACAACCGAAUUGUCAUUUUGCUCAACAAUACGGGCGGACUCUCACUGUUUGAGCUCAACAUAAUAGUUAAAGAGACUGUCAAUCAAUUACAGACACGAAAGCUAUGCGUCGAACGGAUAUAUUCGGGAUGUUUUAUGACAUCAUUCUCGAUGUCUGGCGUUUCGUUGUCAGCGAUGGCAGUCGACGACCGCAUACUUCAACUGUUGGACAGUCCGUCCGCAUCGAGCGCGUGGACACAACUCCUGAAUACACCAAAAGUGCUCAAUCGGUCCGUCAUUUUGCAGAAUCCGAAUCCCAGUCCAAAGGAUGAGACACCGGAUUACGAGACCAUCGAUGGACUUAAGUUUGGCAGAGAGUUGUUUGUGAGGGCUAUUGAGCUCUCGUGUAAAGCUUUGAUAUCGUCUGAAAAACAUCUCAACGAAUUGGACACAGAAUUAGGUGACGGAGACUGCGGGUCCACAUUAAGCGGGGCUUCAAAACUGUUGCUUAAACUAAUAACAGAGAAACAACUGAAGCCAUCAUUCUUCCAGUUGUCUCACUUCUGUGAGGCCAAUAUGGGCGGCACUUCCGGUGCCAUAUAUAGCCUCAUGUUUACGGCCGCCUCUCAGGCCAUUCGGGCGAAUGUCAAACGAAUAGACCGUUCGUAUGAUUACAUCGAUUUGUGGAGAGAUGUCAUUAAAUAUAGUUUGCAAACUAUAACUCAAUACAGUUUUGCAAAACCUGGCGAUCGAUCAAUGCUUGAUUCGUUGAAUAGCGCACACGAAGCGCUGGUAAAGUGUGAUCAUAGCGUGGCUUAUCAUCAAAUCGCCAAAUUGGUUGCACAGAGCGCUAAAAAAGGCGCCGAGAGCACGGCGUCGAUGAGUGCCAACGUUGGCAGAGCUUCGUAUGUUAAUAAGGCCUCAAUCGCGAGACCAGAUCCGGGCGCUAUAGCCGUCUCCAUUUGGAUUGACUCAAUCGCACAGGCAUUCAAUGAAUUUGCUAAUAGAAAAUGAACUUAAUUCACACAUUUUUGCCUUUAAAUACUCC